AUGCUCGACCACUUCACCAUCUUCACCAACAACGGCCUCGUCCUCUGGUCCCGCACCUUCACUCCCGCCCUCUCCAAUGCGGCACCCUCGGCCAACCCCGUAAACGCCCUCAUCAAGCAGGCCUUCCUGGAACAGCGCUCCGCAGACGAAAAGUUCGACAAGGACGGCUACACCUUGCGCUGGGCAUUCGCAAACGACCUCGACCUCACCUUUGUCGUCGUAUACCAGCGCAUCCUCCAGCUCUCCUACAUCGACGAGCUCCUCGACACCGUAAAGGCGCUCUUCACCGACCUCUUUGCCCCCUUUGUCCGCAAGCUCAUCCAGUCGUCCAAGAGCAGCAUCGCCACCGGCACCUCCCGGAUCGUCACCCUCUCGGAAUCCGCCAGGCUCGAGUUCGCCGCCGCCCUCGCAGACUGGGACGCCAUCUUCACAAAGACGCUCCGCUCCCUCGAAAAGGCAGCCGCACACAACAAGCGCAAGGGUCUCGGAUCCAACGUCCUCGGCGACAAGCGCGGCCCAGGCGCGCAGGCCCAGGCCACCUCGAUCGUCCAGGCAGAGACCGCCAGCGGACCCGCCACCCCCACAAAGGCCGUCGACGGCAAAGACGGCUCCGACAUUGCCAAGAAUGUCGAGGCACUCAAGAACCGGCUCAGAGCAGAGGGUGGACCUGCCGGAAGGAAGGGCGCCAAGGCCAAAAAGGCCCCCGCUUCCAACGGCGGCAGCGCACCCGGCACCCCCGGCGGCAACGUGAGCGGCACAGAGUCGCCCGGCGGCGGCAAGAAGGGCAAGCCGGCCAAGGAGAUGCGCAAGUGGGACGGCUCGCGCAGCUACAGCGCCCAAGACGUGUCCGCGCUCGACUUCAGCGGCCAGAAGGUCGGAACCGAUAGCGCCGGUGCUGACGAUGCCGGUGGCCUCGAUACCUGGGUCGAUGAGAAGAGCAUGGGCAAGAAGCGGUCCGACGGCGUCUACGAGAUCGCCGACGUGCUCGAAGACGACGACGACGACGAUGACGACGACGACGACGAGGAGCUCGACGGAGCACAGGCGGCAAAGGGUGGCUUCCUCUCCCGGUUCAGCACGGCAUCGUCGAGCGGCUCGUCGCUCUUUUCGAGGCUGACGGGGGCCAAGACGCUCACCAAGGAGGAUCUCAAGCCGGCGCUGACGGCUAUGGCCUCGCACCUGCAGAGCAAGAAUGUAGCGUCGGACGUGGCGCAGCGCCUCUGCGACAGCGUCGAGCGCAACCUGGUGGGCAAGAACCUGGGCUCCUUUGGCUCGGUCAAGGCCGAGGUGCGCAAGGCGCUCGAAGAGGCCAUCACGCGCAUCCUGACGCCGCGCAGCAGCACCGACAUCCUCCUCGAGAUUGCGACCAAGAAGCAGCGGUCGGUCGCCGCGUCGUCGCUGGCGCUCGCCUCGACGGCCAAGGAAAAGGAGCUGGCGUCGAAGCCGGAGCCGUACUCGAUCUGCUUUGUCGGCGUCAACGGCGUGGGCAAGUCGACCAACCUGGCCAAGGUGUGCUUCUGGCUGCUCCAGAACCGGAUGCGCGUCCUGAUCGCUGCGUGCGACACGUUCCGCGCGGGCGCCGUCGAGCAGCUGCGCGUCCACGUGCGCAACCUGGGCCAGCUGCGCGUCGAGGGCGUGCCGCUCGACGAGCAACGCGGGCGCAUCGAGCUGUACGAGCGCGGCUACGGCAAGGACGCGGCGGGCAUCGCCAAGGACGCGCUGGCCUACGCCAAGGCCGAGGGGUACGACGUCGUCCUCAUUGACACGGCCGGGCGGAUGCAGGACAACGAGCCGCUGAUGCGCGCCCUCGCCAAGCUCGUCGCCGUCAACCGCCCCGACAAGAUCAUCUUUGUCGGCGAGGCCCUCGUCGGCAACGAGGCCGUCGACCAGAUUACAAAGUUUGACGGCGCAAUGAAGGACUUUAGCGGUAUCAGCAACCCGCGCGGGCUGGAUGGCAGCCUGCUCACCAAGUGGGACACUGUCGAUGACAAGGUCGGAACGGCGCUCACGACGACAUCGGCUACCGGUCUGCCCAUCUACUUCCUCGGAACGGGUCAGACCUACACGGACCUCCGACAGCUCCGCGUGCACCACGUCGUCAACGCCCUCCUGCGAGACUAG